AUGGGAUGUGGGAUGUCCUUCUAGUAAGUGCUAAGGACUCUUGGGGGUUUGGAUGGGAUGGAAGUCAAGUGAUUUGGGGUUUCUGAAAAAAUUAUGGAUGUUUCUUGAUGAAUGACAAGAAAGAGAGUGAAGGAGGGAAGGAAAUGGGAAGAGGAGCGAGGAGGGGGGAGCCGGGCUUUAUGUCGGGGGUGGGCUCUAAGAGAGGCCGUCCUGGGCCUGGCCAAUCAGCGUCCUCCUCUGCCGACCUCAUCCAACGUCGCCCCGACCUAUGAAACCGGCUUACACCCAUCAUUUACCUCCAGCAUUCUCUCGUCGAUAUAUCUACUAAAACAGCAAGCAAUAUAUCCUCGAGAACCUCCUCGGACGAAGAAAUCUCGUCAUGAUAUCUGUGGUACUCAAAAGCCCCGUUGCCAGACGUUGAGAGGGAACUCUGCUGCGGAGGGACCUGGGGCCAAGAACCAUCUGUCACGAUAUUCAAGGCAUCCCCUACACUAUCCCUACAAGUGUGUGUCGUCUCAGUGGGAUUGGAUGGUCUGUUCGUUGGUAAUUCUCCUCUCUUGUGGUCGUCUCUUGAGGACAUCUCACCAGCCAGGUGCCUGGAUGCCUCAGGGCACCCAAAGCCACUGAGCUUUUGCCCUUCAUUAAUAUCAUGUUUAGAUCAUCCCAUUGAACGAUAAACCAAUUUUUUUAUCGCCGCC